CUGGUUGGUUCCCAUCUUAUCAAUCAUGGCGUUUCCUAGUCUAGUGUCAUUUAAUUGAAUGCAUGUGCAUAAUUGGCUGGGUAAUUGUGCUCAGAGUAGUUAUCAACAGCUCAAUGUCUUGCUGGGAGGAGGUAUCAAGAGAGGCUCCUCAAAGGUCUGUCUUGGGUCCAUACUACUCAAAAUCUUCCUUAAUAAUUUGUAGUCUGGGACUGAAUGUACACUUAUUAAAUUUGUAUGUAGCACCAACUAGGUGGAGUAGGAGGUACUUUAGAGGGCAGGAGGAAAAGUCAAAGUGACCUUGAUUUUAAAUUAGAAAAAUGAAAUAUAUUGGUUGACAUUUCAAUAAGAAAAUGUGCAAAGUACUAGGCUUAGGAGAAAUACACAAAUACGAAGUGUGGAGCAGUUUGGGUUGGCUGCAGUACUGCAGAGAAGGGGCCGGGGCGUAGUUGUCUCGUACUGAAUGAGUUAGCAAUGUAGUAUUGUUGCUUUAAAAAAAACGAGAAGCUAAUCGCAUACUUGCAUAUAAUGCUCCUGUUAAUAUAUCCAAGUCGUUGGAAGUGAUUCUUCCACUCCGUUCAGCACUAGUCAAGCCUCACCCAUGAGAAUUUCCUAACCGUGAGAGUAGUUGAACACUAGAGCAGGGCUAGAAACUCCAUCAUUGAACUUUAUAACUUCAAGUUAGACAAAUAUUUGUCUGGAAUGGUUUAGAUAGGGAUGGUCUUGCUCUGAGCAGGAUUGGACUGGAUGACCUCUUGAAACCCCUUCCAGACUUAUUUUUCCAUGAUUCUGUCCAUCAAGACACUUGCCACACACCACUAACUAUGCAGAAAAAAUAAAAUAAAGUCCUAAUUUUUAUCAUACUGAGUGGCUAGAAACUGUUCCGACUCACUUUCAGUAUCGUUUGUGACUGCUAAUUCAGGAAUUGUUAGCCCAAUACCUUGAUGGAUUGUUCCUCUGCAUUCUGCUCCUGUAUCACUGUCAGUCAUGGUGGGUGCAUCUACACAUGCAGUUGUUAAGCUGCAGGAAACUAAUGACGUCCACAGCAGGGUAGUACUUGCAAAUACAAGUACUAUCCUACUGCAGAGUUAUUUACUGUGCAGCAGUACAUGUGUAGAUGCUGACCUGGGAGUAAAUUGCUCCUAGCCAACCCAGCCCAGCAGGGGGCCACACUUCUGCCUACUGCCCUAGCCCCACAGCUUGGCAGCUGCAUGAGCCUUGUGGCCCAGCCAGCUGCUCCACCUGCCUGACACAUAGCUGCCCACUGCCCAUCCUGACCUCGCCCCCUACCCCCUAUUCCCUUUGUUAGCCCAGGGCUGCCCCCUGGGCCACACUGUCACUGCCAGCCAGAGCCUGGGGCUGACCCCCGUGCCCUCUGGCACUCAGGCAGCUGGAGCCCAGAGCUUCCCCUGGGUGCUGCAGAGAGGCAGAACAGCCCUGAUCUAAGCUGUUCCUCCCUGGCUCAAUUUGCUUCUGUCCCGGGUGCAUGUGUAGACGCUGUGCCUGAGAGCAGUUUAGUGUGCAACGUUUACUCAGUCGCAUUAAUUCCACAUGUAGAUGUGCCCGCUGUGCGACUGGCAAAUCACUUCACUUCUCAGUCUCAUUUUCCUCGUAGAUAAAUGAGGACAUCAGCUUUAAAUGUUUUUGAGAUCCUCAGAACAGCACUUCCUGUGCGGGGUGUUGAACAGACUGAUGUUUUAUGUUGGGAGUUUGGGAAAAUAAGCACCUCAGCCAUGUCUCUUCUGUAUGAAUGUGUGAACACAGUAAUAGCAGUUUUGAUCUCUCUGUCUUCUGGGAUGCCGAAUCACAGUGCCAGCAUCCAGCUCUGCGUUCAGAAGUUGAGAAUACUAAUAGAAGAUUCUGACCAGAACUUGAAGUACCUGGGAUUACUAGCAAUGUCCAAAAUCCUGAAAACCCAUCCUAAGUCGGUUCAGUCUCACAAGGAUCUUAUUCUCCAGUGUUUGGAUGACAAGGAUGAGUCUAUCAGACUCCGAGCUUUAGAUCUCCUCUAUGGCAUGGUAUCAAAGAAGAACUUGAUGGAGAUAGUGAAGAAAUUGAUGAUUCAUGUGGAUAAAGCUGAAGGGACAACAUAUAGGGACGAGUUGCUCACCAAAAUCAUAGAUAUAUGUAGCCAAUCCAAUUAUCAGUACAUCACAAACUUUGAAUGGUACAUAAGCAUCCUGGUAGAAUUGACUCGUUUGGAAGGUACUCGACACGGUCAUCUCAUAGCAGCUCAGAUGCUGGAUGUAGCUAUCAGAGUUAAAGCUAUUCGUAAGUUUGCGGUUUCCCAGAUGGCCAUGCUUCUAGACAAUGCCCAUCUAAUAGCCAGCAACACCCAGAGGAAUGGGAUCUGUGAGGUGCUUUAUGCUGCUGCCUGGAUAUGUGGGGAGUUUUCAGAACACCUUCAGGAACCAAACCAGACCCUGGAAGCAAUGCUGAGGCCUAAAGUUACCACUUUACCAGGUCACAUCCAGGCAGUUUAUGUGCAGAAUAUGGUAAAGCUUUAUGCAUCCAUCCUACAGCAGAAAGAAGAAGCUGGUGAGAAGGAAUCAUCCCAGGAAAUUACCCAGCUGAUGAUUGACCGUUUGCCUCAGUUUGUACAGAGUGCAGAUCUAGAAGUCCAAGAAAGGGCCUCCUGCAUCUUGCAGCUGAUUAAAUAUAUUCAGAAGCUACAAGCAAAAGAGGUACCUGUAGCUGAGGAAGUGAUAGCAUUGUUUGCAGGCGAGCUGAACCCUGUAGCUCCUAAAGCACAGAAAAAAGUCCCGGUUCCAGAAGGCUUGGAUCUUGAUACUUGGAUCAAUGAGCCUCCUUCAGAUAGUGAGUCUGAAGAUGAAAAACCCAAAACAAUCUUCCAUGAUGAAGAACAAAGGCAUUCUAGACAGAGACAGCCAGAGAUGGAUGAAGAGGAGCUUGCCAGGCGCCGAGAAGUCCGGAAGCAAGAACAGGCAAACAAUCCAUUUUACAUUAAAAGCUCUCCAUCUCCACAGAAACGAUAUCAGGACACUCCAGGUGUGGAGCAUAUACCUGUAGUCCAGAUAGACCUUUCUGUUCCCUUGAAAGUUCCAGGAAUGCCUAUGUCUGACCAAUAUGUAAAACUGGAAGAGGAGCGGAGGCAUAAGCAGAGGUUGGAGAAAGACAAAAAGAAGAAAAAGCAGAAAAAAGAGAAGAAAGGUAAACACCACCGCCAUAACUCCCUACACACGGAGAGUGAUGAAGACAUUGCCCCAGCCCAGCAUGUGGACAUCAUCACGGAGGAGAUGCCAGAGAAUGCACUGCCCAGUGAUGAGGAUGACAAAGAUCCCAAUGAUCCAUAUAAGGCCCUUGAUAUAGAUCUGGAUAAACCCUUAGCAGAUAGUGAGAAGCUGCCAGUGCAAAAACACAGAAAUACUGAGAACCUCAAGUCUCCAGACACAGAAGCUCCCUUAGUAGAGAAAAAGAGUAAGAAACCCAAAAAGAAGGAAAAGAAGCACAAAGAGAGAGAGCGAGAAAAAGAAAAGAAGAAAGACAAAGAGAGAAAAGUGGAUGAAGAAGAAAAGAAGGGGGAAGACUUGGAUUUCUGGCUCUCCCCUGCCCCGCCCCCUGUCUCCACUACGCAGACACAGAGUGAGCCGGAGGUGAGCACUGCCAUAGCUGAACCUGAAGACCAUGAAGAACCGAAGAAGGAGGACAGGGAAGAGGAGGAAGACGAUGAAGGAAAGAAAUCUUCCAAGCAUAAGAAGAAAAAGCACAAGAAGGAAAAGGAGGAGAAAUCCAAGGACAAAAAGAAGUCCAAGAAAAAGCAUCAUCACAGUGAGGAGGAGCCAGUGGAGUCAGUACAGAAUGGAACACUAGAUGAUGAACCACUACCGCCUAUGUCCAGUUAUCACCUUCUUGCUGAGAACCCUUACAUUAAAAUGACAUACGAUAUUCAAGGAAAUCUCCAGAACGACAGUCAAGUCACUGUCUCGGUAAUCUUUGAGAACAAGAGUACCAGCUUCGUGAAGAGCAUGGAGUUAAACGUCCUGGACUCUCUCAACGCUAAAAUGAUCCGGCCAGAAGGGUCAUCAGUCCAUGAUGGGAUACCUGUGCCCUUCCAGCUGCCCCCUGGAAUCUCUAAUGAAGCCCAGUUUGUGUUUACUCUUCAGAGCAUUGUUAUGGCUCAGAAGCUAAAAGGAACACUGUCCUUUAUAGUCAAAAAUGAUGAAGGUUCAACCCAUGAAAAACUAGAUUUCAAAUUGCACUUCAGUUGCGCUUCAUACUUGAUCACGACGCCUUGCUAUAGCGAUGCUUUUGCCAAGCUGCUGGAGUCUGGGGAUCUGCACAUGAAUUCUAUAAAAGUAGAUGGAAUUAGCAUUUCUUUCCAACAUCUACUGGCAAAGAUUUGUUUUCACCACCAUUUUUCAGUUGUGGAACGAGUUGAUUCUUGUGCAUCAAUGUACAGUCGUUCUAUUCAAGGUCAUCAUGUUUGCCUACUGGUAAAAAAGGGAGAGAAUUCUGUCUCUGUAGAUGGAAAGUGUAACGAGUCCACCCUGCUUAGCAACUUGUUGGACGAGAUGAAAGAGACGUUGUCGAUGUGCUGAAUAUCCCUCAUAGAUACUGCAACGACAAGAGAUGCACUUAAAACCACAUAAAGACAAACCAGAUCCAAGUGUUAAGUUUCUCCCUCGUACGCAUGUACUAUCCUGGGCACGUGUUUUUCAGUUAACUCCACCAUUGUUUGCAGUUUAGACAUUUUAAGGCUGUCUGUUUACUUUUUUUAUUUCAAAUUUUUUACCAGUUGUGGUGUUAACCCUUUCCAGUCCAGAGAGAUCCCGACACGUUUCACGGGGGGCAUAUUUAUUCAGCGAGUCAUGGUGAUCCAAUAUGCCCUGCCUCCUGUGUGGGAUGGUGGAGUGAAGCAGAGUUUUAUCAACAGUAUCAUCUGGUGAUUGCACUUGUUACCAAGGGAGGUGGCCUUGGCCUGUCAGGGGAACUUGUUCUCAGCUCCACUGUACUAGAGAUGAUGUGCUUCUGGCAGAGGCUGAUGUGUGACAUGGAGGCCUUCCUUUUGAAUCUCAAAUUCAGUUGUUCCAGAAUAUCUACAUUGUUGAUCUCUUAAGAGUUAAUCCAUAUGAGCCUGGUAAGAGUUGGGAUGUUACUGAAUUUCUGCUUGUGACAGCUGCCUUGGGCCUUAAACCUUCAGUUAUUGACAAUUGAAAGGAUAGAGGAUGAACGUACAGAGUAUAUCAAGCACAGGCUGAAAAGCAGUACCGCUCAGUCCUCUCUGCUCUCGUUGGUCCCCACGAUGAGGCCUGUUAAGCCUCUCCCCUUCAAGUGAUCUCUGCUGAUGUGCUUUGUAAAGUCCACUGAGAUUUCACAUUCCUAAAAGGUUAGAAUGUAUCAAAGAAACUGGAAAUCCAAAGGUCUUUUGCUCCUGGUUUUGUUUUUUUUUUAACUGUAUUUAAUUUAAUUCUUUUUUUUUUUUUUUUUUUAGUAAUUUGGUUCUCCAGAUGAGGUUGACCACUACCAGCUUGGAGAAGUGUGCCCCUGAAAUACUUCCUAUUCUGAAACAUUUGCCUUACCCCUGCUCUUGUGGUGAGGUUUGUCAUCCCAGAAGCAUUCUGGUGGGCCUGCCUUCCUGAUGGUGGAUUCAGCCUUAGACAGGUGCUGGCAGCAUAAUUGGGCCAUCCCAUCAAAACAGCACCUGCCCAGUUGGGAGAGGGAAGACCAGGGCUGGCCAGUGACAAGUUGACUCUGCUCUGUGGUUUUUGUUAACUAAUAUCUGGAAUCAUUGAUUGGAAAGGGACAGCCUUCAGUCUGUGUAAAACAGAUGAGCAAAAUAGACAUAAGUGGCAUUUUUCCCCACAAUAUCUGCCUCUCCUAAAGUUUUCUUUAAAAUUUGUGUUGCUCUAUACCCAAUAAGAUAGCAACCUGUUAGGUGACUAUUGCUUGGAGUUGUGGGGUGAGAAUUGCCAGUGGCUCAAAAAAGGAGGGGAGAGAAUU